UACGCGUGACGUCAGCAACCAAGGAGGGGCAGCGCCUGAAGGUUGCUGUUCUCGGUGCUGAAGCCUCCCGCGGAUGCGAGUUGUGUGAAGAUAACAGCAUCACUCUUCUGCCACCUCGUCCACACUUUGGCUUUUUCCAUAAGUUUCGUGUCCUCCCGGAAUCCAUUUGAUUAGGCUACAUGUCGAAUUAAUGUAUGCACCCGUGAGUCGGCAUGCCGUGUUAGGGAAGGUGUGUCGCGGAUCAAUAAGCAGAAUGGAUUCGCUGUGUUCCAUCCUUGCUGCUCUCUUAGCUUUCCACGCGCCUGCUGCCAUCGCAGCGGACAGGAAAUUCGGCUGCUUAUUUGAAGAUGGUGUCUGUGAGUCAUAUGAAGUCUGUGCCAACGACGCUGUGUUUGGGAGGUGCCAGGCCUUCCCAGUGACCGAGGCGUUCUCCUAUGACGUCUCUCCCACUGUCCUCCGCCAGCUCAGGACCAUUCUCCAGAAGUUGGCCCACAGAGGUUACACGUGGCAGGACGACACCACCCAACAGGUGAUCACCAAGGAACUGGCCAAGCUGCCCAAGAUUCCCCUCCGACAUCUGGAGGCGUCCUUUGCAGACUUGCCCGGCACUUCCAGAGCCAAGGCUCUGCCCCCUGAUGCCAACAGGAAACUCAAAAUGGAGGAGGCAGAGCUCAGCCAGUCACUCCAGAAGCACCUUCAGGACCUGGGUUUCCUGCCUCCAUCCCAUCCCCAGUCCCCUGAGGGCUCUCUCAGACAGCUGAGUGGAGACCGGUACCAUCUCAUUGAGUACGUCCAGCCCAACACGCGGGGGAAAGGGAAGACCACCGCCACCUUCUUCUCUUACCACUCUCCUAAGUCGCAAAGCCAGGGGCCAGCGAUGGGAGAUGCUCCCGCUCCAGCUCCAGCUCCAGCUCCAGCUCCAGCUCCAGCUCCAGCAGCGCCCACUGGCCAAGACCAGGAAAGGGCCAAGGCCCUCCUGAAGGGGCUGGAGGAGUACCUGGCUAGGGGUGGGUCGGUGCGGCAGCCCAGCGCGGCGGCCAGACCUCUAGGGAAGCUGCGCUACUUCGACAUGCUGAGGCCGCUGGCCGCCGAGCGGCUCAAAGCAGCCGAGGCCAAGGCGGACAGGUACCGCGGCAGGGUGCCCUCGGGAAAGAUCCCGGAAGCCUCCAAGCCGCCGCUGCCAAGGAUCGACCGGCUCUUCUUCAAGGCCGCUCCAAAACCCCCAAUGUCCAAAGAGCCCUUGAGCAUGGUGGACGAGACAUUUAUCCAGAAUGUGGUGAAGCAGCUGGGCCGGCAGAGUGUCAACAUAGACGCCAUGACCCCCAAAGACCUGGACCAGCUCUCUGACAUCAUUGCCGAGGCCCUGCAGGUGGUGGACGGCGUCGGGGGCAAGAACAACCAGCAGAGGGGUCGCGAGGUCACCGCGGACGAGGGGGCGGCUGACGAGGGCGAGAGCAAAGGCGAGGGCGAGAGCGAGGCGAAAAGAGACCCCGAGCUUGAGCCCUCUCUGGGGGCAGAGCGGUCUGACUCACUGGAGGAGGCCGCACCGCAAGCGCAACAGACAAAAGUAGCAAAGUCCAACUCUGAUGACAAGGACACUGGUUUUAUCAAGCAGCUUUUAGAGUACCUGGAUCAGACCACAGACCCUGGCGCUUUCUCUCCUGGCAUCCUACCAGAGGUGCCCGUCCUGGGGGAGCCUGCAGGCAAGGGCAGAGUGUCGGUGGAGAACGUGCAGAGCAAGACCACCCAGACUCAGCUGGAUGUGCCGAAGAAGAAGAAGGAGCUGGCGCCCGACCCAUUCGUCCGUCUGGAUCAGCUCGGGGACGCCGCCGAGGUGGAGCAGUGGAUCCAGGGCCCCGGGCCGGACCUGGGGCUCCUGUUGGAACCGCAGAAGAAGGACAUGGGCUCGCAGCGGGUCACGGAGACGGAGGCGCAGAGGAAGAGGGUGCAGGUGGAGGAGGAGCUGACGGUGGGGGUGUCGGCCCACCCCAGCCCCGUGAAGGAUGCAGAUUUUGGCUUUGUCAUCACGGAGGACUCGCUGUCCACUGAUCAGGGGCUCAACCUCAUGGAGCUGCUGGCAGAAAAAGUGAAACUGCGGGUGACGGAUCUCCUGCAACUCACUGUUUUGGGACCGGCUGUAACCUUCGAAGUGCGCCCCAAUGCUCGCAAUGUCAGCACCGCUGAACUGGCAAGAGUAGCAGUUGCGCAAAAGGACCAGCUGGAGAAGGAGACCGGACUGCGCAUUCUGGAGGCCGGCAUGAGUGAUAGGAGCAAACUGAACCAGAUCCCCAUUGUCAAACACAGCCAUGUGGAGUCCAGCAACUUCCUGGUUUUGACGGUGGUGUCCAUGGUAUUUAUCGUCAUGGUGCUGGGAGUGUCGGGGUCGUUGUACUGUCUGCGCCACCAUUCCCACCUCAAGCUAAAGGAGAAGCUUGCCAGCCUGGGGACUGACACCAGCGCCGAUGCCACGGCAGCCUAUCAGGACCUGUGUCGCCAGCGCAUGGCGUUGCAGACGUCGGAGCGAGCCGAGCGGGGGGAGCGGCCGGAGCCCCUGGCGCACACGGCACACACCUCGCGCAUCAACAGCGUGUCGUCGCAGUUCAGCGAUGGGCCCAUGCCCAGCCCCUCAGCCCGCAGCAGCACCUCGUCCUGGAGCGAGGAGCCCGCCCAAUCCAACAUGGACAUCUCCACUGGACACAUGAUACUGUCGUACAUGGAGGACCACUUGAAGAACAAGAACCGACUAGAGAAGGAGUGGGAGGCUCUUUGCAGCUACCAGGCUGAGCCAGGGUUCUCUGCUGUGGGCCUGGGCCAGAACGCCCCGCGGAACCGCCCCAAUGGGGUCCUUGUCUACGAUCACUCCAGAGUCACCUUGAAGCCUGAGAACAACCACAGCAACUCCGAUUACAUCAACGCCAGCCCCAUUAUGGAUCACGACCCUCGUAACCCUGCCUUCAUUGCUGCCCAAGGCCCCCUGCCUGCUACUGUGGCUGAUUUUUGGCAGAUGGUGUGGGAGAGUGGCUGUGUGGUGGUGGUCAUGCUCACUCCCCUGACAGAGAGCGGUAACAAGCAGUGUCAUCAGUACUGGCCCGAUGAGGGCUCCACCCUCUACCACAUCUACGAGGUGAACCUGGUGUCGGAGCACAUCUGGUGCGAGGACUUCCUGGUACGCAGCUUCUACCUGAAGAACGUGCAGACUAACGAGACACGCACCGUGUCGCAGUUCCACUUCCUGUCCUGGAUGGACCAGAGUGUCCCCGAGUCGGCCAGGACCCUGCUGGACUUCCGCAGAAAGAUUAACAAGUGCUACCGGGGUCGGUCUUGUCCGGUCAUAAUCCACUGCAGUGAUGGCGCCGGGAGAAGCGGAACAUACAUCCUGAUUGACAUGGUCCUCAAUAAGAUGGCUAAAGGUGCUAAAGAGAUUGAUAUUGCUGCUACCCUGGAGCACUUGAGAGACCAGAGACCCGGCAUGGUGCAGACAAAGGAGCAGUUUGAGUUUGCGCUGACAGCAGUGGCUGAAGAGGUGAACGCCAUCCUCAAAGCGCUUCCACAGUGAGGGUCAUGAGCAGUCACUCUUCAGACUGGCAGCUGUCCUCUCUAGACACUUCUCUCUCUCCCUCUCUCUCUCCCUCUGAAUCUCUCUAAGCCUCUCACUCCCUCUCUCUCCUUGCUCGCACUCGUUCUCAAGAGGACUGUACCCUCCCCUCCUCUCCUGUCUUUCACUCCUUUUGAAGAUGGAUGCACCUGCCCUUUUCCUUCAUCUCUGUCUCUCUCAUUUUCUCCCCUCCUCCCCAUGUCUUCCCCUGCCUUUUUCAUCUCUCUUUGUAUAAACAAAAUGCAUCCUCCACUUUCCCUCUCUCUUUUCACUGUACUAUAGCGGCUAUCCCUCUUCUCCUCUUCUAACCUCCAACACUUUUUGUGAACGUGUGACUCUGUGAGCAUAUUCAUAAAUGUGUUGUGUUCUAAUAGAAAAUGUUUUUAGAACAAAACCUUCCUGUGGUGGUAGAAAUGAAAAAAAAAAAAGAUAUCUAUAAAGAGCCUCUCCCCCUUUACUCCUGCAACCUGAGUAAAAAUGAUACACUAUAACCAACCUCAGAGAAAUGAUUUAGAUGUGUGAAUGUUGUAAGGAAAGUCUGAUAUUCUUUCUCUUACUCUCUGUCUUGCUCUCUUUGAACUGAGGUUCCUAGACUUGAGUUGAUGCAAGUAGAAAAUCUCAUGACAUGCAGCAUUGGUAUAUGACACAUCCCAUAAAGAACCAUGUAUCAGUGUUUAUACUAAUCUCAUUUAUUUCUGUGCAAUGGAUCAAUAUAGCAGCCACUGCCUCAAUGUGAAUAUCAAUGUGACAAAUCUGGAUACAUGAAUGGUGACAAGCAAUAUCAAACAUAUUACCCAUGGAGAUUGCCAGACGGUGAAAAGUUUAAUUGUGGCAUAUUGGUUGUGUCCACACAAAUCUUGUGAUUGUGUAAUUUAGACUGAUAACUCAAGCGUAUACCAUGAAUAUGAAAUAAUUAAUCUUGUAUUGCCAUCUGAUAUGUUCUGUAAAUUGUAAAAUAUAUUUUUGUGUGUAAAUGAUAUGCCUAUCAUGUUAGUAAUAAAGCUCUAUUUAAACUGGC